UAUUUUAACGAUCUAAGCGCAUUGUCUAAAGCGCACAGCGCAACGUCUAAAUGGGCGUGUCCGAAUCCACUUUUGCUAAUUUAACGACGGGAAAAAUGUUUUUUGCGCCGAGCGCAUGGUCGAAAAGGGUAGGUCCUAUUGUAAUGGGAGUAUUUUGGGCGUAACGUGCAGUAAACCAAUUAGAGUCACAGCUCUCAUCCCCUUUAAAAGCAAGUUGCACUGGCGUUAUGUCUAAUCCCUAUUUAGAUGACGGACUUUGUAAACUGAAAAACUAAGCGGAGGAAGAAGAUCCCCAGUUUAAGAUUAAUGUUAAAUAAUUGUGUUGUUUUUCACUUGUAUUGAAAUUGUUAUUUUUUUAUUAAAACCUUUAAAACCCGUUUUCUUUUAGUCAUGGAAGUAAAAAGCAGGCUUGUAAUUGCUUUAAAUGUAUGGCUAUCCAAUAUCAUCAAAAAAUAAUUUACAAGUAUGUAAGAUAAGGUUUGUACUCUAAAAAUACUUUAUUUGUAACAAACAGGAGAUAAAGAAUUUACAAACGGCUCUCCUCACGUUUCAGCACUUUGGACAGCGUUUUUUUAGCAAAGAGUUUUUUUAAGCAUUACUUAAAAAUGUUUCUCAUCUCACCAUAUCCACAGGUACAGAGUAAUCAUAUACAAUAAAUCCGUGAGGUAGCAUUAAAAAAAACAUUUAAAAACAGACGCAUUUGUUCAAAGCAAAGCAUUUGUUUACUUACCAGGCUGCAGGUGAAGCAGCUCUUUGCGCCUUCUAACGUCUCAUAAUUAGUCCUCAUUUAUGUCCAAGAGACUCAAUAAUAAUCUUUUACAUUCAAUCCUUUAAUCUUUCAUAUUUAAAAGCAUUUUUGUGCUGCUGCGCAUUCAUGUACCUUGUGAUAAGCAAACCCGCGUUGUCCUCCCGUGUAUAAGCGCAUUUUACUAAUGCGCUCUUUAAAUAACAUAAAACACAUUGCGCCAUUGACUUUAGACUUUAGACCAGUUUUUUGUUGGUCAAUGGCGUAGUCUAUUUUAGUUGCCUCAAAAUAGCAACGCGCCAACAAUGCGCGUGAACGUACACACCUCGUUUUCAGACCAGAACGCCCAUGGGCGCAAAAGGGGGCGCAAAUGCAUUUGCUAUUUAAACAACGCGGCGCUAAACGUGAAAAUUAGGGUGGAAACUAGCGAAAGACACUUGCGUCGCGCAUUGCGCUGCAUUGCGCUGGGUGUAAGAUAGAGCCCUAUGUCAUUAAGCAUAAAGUAGUAGACACUUUUAUCCAAAUCGACUUGUGAAUAAAGCAAUUUGUCCUUCAUCUUUACCUAGAAUUUAGACAAAUCAUGUUUACGCACACUUGUAUUUUGUGCUAUAGAUAAACAAAGCACUACGAGAUAUUUCCUUUGGGAUUCAAGGACAGCUCUGGAAUGCAGCAGUCUAAAAAUUCACACAUCCACCCAAUGAUGUCCCAUUUGUUUAGUGUCUGUUUGAGUUAUAGCCUACCGCUUGACCGCAAUGCUUAAUGCUACUCUCAGUUUAACGAGGCAUGUUCGUAUAGCCUACAUGUGGUCAUUGUUUUGGCAAACUGUUAGCUUCAGCGGGGUGGUGUCCAUACAGCUCUAAGCACACUGCCAUGUGAGGAAAGAUUUCCUCAACCAUUCCGUUGUCUCCGGCUGAUCGAGAGAUGUCCGUGGCGAUAAAGGAGGGACGAACGUCAAACCCAAAAGCGAAGUGCGCCAAAUGGAUAUGGUGUUUGUUUCCCCAUGCUUUUCUCAUCCUUUCAUUGAUCACUUAUGCAGCUUUGGGAGCGGAAAUUUUUAAACAUAUAGAGAAUAGCUCUUUCAAUGAAUCCGAAGAGAUCCGUAAGGUGGUGGAUAAAGUAAAGGAAACAUUCAGGAAUUGCACUGAGAAUUCAACGCAGCAAGAAAUUGCUAAAAUGCAAACCAUUUUAAAUGACUUCAAUGAUUUAAAGGAAAAGCGUCAAAACUGGACCUUCUACGGUUCUCUUUUCUUCUGCUGUACAGUGUUCACUACCAUAGGUUAUGGGCAAAUGUACCCAGUUACCAUUGCUGGGAAGGUGGCAUGUAUCUUGUAUGCGAUGAUCGGCAUCCCUCUCAUGUUGUUGGUCAUUUCAGAUGUAGGUGACAUCUUAGCUGUUCUCCUGUCUAAAGCUUACACCCAGCUAAGCCAGGUCUUCGGGCAGCUGGUUCAAAAACAUUCAUGCAGCCUUCACAAGGAUAGUAAAACUCCCUCUUCUCACCAAGGACAAAGUGCUGUUGGUAACUACAAGCAGGAUGCAUUGAUCCAUGACACAAUAACCAUUCAGCAAAUGAUACAACCAAAGUCGUCCAUAAAACGGUAUGCCUCACAACGUUAUACCAACAAAGAGGUCUUUGACUGGAUUAUUGUUAAGGAGAACUUCAAGCUAAAGAGUGCUCUCACAAAAUCUUGCUCCUGUCCUGAGCUUGACCGUAUGUCACCUCCACAAAAAGGCUCCAAAUUAUUUACCGAUAUUGGACAGAAGAUGGACCGCUUUAAUGUUCCUUUGCUAGUUAUCCUGCUAGUAGUUUUUGCGUACAUGCUGAUUUGCAGUCAAAUUCUAACAUGUUGGGAGGAAAAGAUGAAGCCCUUUGAUGCAUUUUAUUUUACCUUCAUCACUUUGACCACGAUCGGUUUUGGUGACAUUGUUCCUAAGCAUCCAAAGUACUUCCUUGUAACUUUUUUAUUCAUUAUCAUGGGCAUGGCCGUUCUGAGUAUGGCCUUCAAACUUAGCCAGUCGAGAAUUGUUUGCUUUUAUAGACGUUUCAUAAAAUGUCUUAGCAUGGGGAAGGUAGGAAUGCACAAAGACCAAGAGAGUAACUGAAAGCAAGAGAGGCUUUGAUUUUUGGGGGGUUUGCUACACUGUCAGAAAUAAAGGUACAAAACUGUACCUUUUCUGUCACUGGGGCUGUACCCUAAGUUUCCGUUUGGUACCUUUACAGGAAUACAAAACAGAAUACAAUUUUUGGUAGUAGAUUACCAUACGUUAAGUACCUACAUUGUUAGAAAAUAUCUUCCCUAGCUGUCAGUGGGGCAGGACCCUUUAAAAAGGUAAUUGUAUGGACCAUUAGGUACAGAUAUAUAAACAUUUAGUACCUGUAUUUUUGAGGUACUAAUGAGCUCUCUUUGGUCCCAGUAUGUACUUCUGAGGUACUAAAAUGAAAUCCUUAGGUGCAAAGCUGUACUUUUUGAAAGGGUACAGCCCCAGUGACAGAAAAGGUACAGUUUUGUACCUUUAUUUCUGAAUAGGGCAUUAAACACUACAGGGAAAGCAUGUCUACUUUCAGCACAAGCAAGUAAUGUGUUUUAAAGUCUAUAUCACUGCCAGUUUGAUUCAGUGGGUUGAAAGGGAAUGGCCCGGCUGCUAAGCUCAUGCCAGCCAAAGGUGCACAGGACCUAUAAACUCAGAAUAAAGCCAUUUUUUUAGCCAAAUGAAAAAAAGAUGGCAUGUGCCUUUAUACUUGAUGACUUUCACUUCAGGGCUCGUAUAAAUAGGGAAAAGCAUAAGACAUUAUGUGUAAUGCUUAUCAGAAAUUAAUAUAAUUUACUAAAUACUAAUAUAACAAGCAAAAAGUAUUUAGUAAAUGUAUUUAUUCAUUAAAUGUAUUCAUGCAAGAUGAAUAUUUUACAUGUAGGGUUCUCAUGCAUGGAAAUUUUGGGGAAAAUUGUCAUUUUGUAUUUUCAAGCAUUAAAAUGUCUAAUAAUUCUUUUUAUAUUUUUGUUUGCAUUCAAAGUAAACAAUGAAUGAAAUGUGAAAUUAAUGUAUUGCUGCAAUCUAUUUACCUUUAUCUAUUGUUGCUGUAAUAUCGACACUAAAGGCAUAUGCACUAUUA